AUGCCUUUUAGUUUAUCAGGACUGAAAGAACAGGUGUUUAAACCUGGGAAGGAGGAAGUAAAGAACACCAUGGGAGACUCUCUAGGAAAACUACAAAGGAAAAUAGAUGGUUCAAAUGUCGACGAAGAGGACAAUUUGGAACUGACGGAGGAUGGUCGACCGGUGGCUUCGGCACCACUUCCUGCCCCCCUGUUGGACUGCAGCUGUGGCGGCCUGCCAAAGCGCUACAUCAUCGCCAUCCUCAGCGGCCUGGGAUUCUGCAUCUCCUUUGGCAUUCGGUGCAAUCUUGGUGUUGCCAUUGUGGAGAUGGUGAACAACAACACUGUCUACAUAAAUGGGACUCCAGUGCUUCAGAAAGCUCAGUUUAACUGGGACCCAGAAACAGUGGGACUGAUCCAUGGCUCCUUCUUCUGGGGCUACAUCGUCACUCAAAUUCCUGGCGGAUUUAUCUCCAACAAGCUGUCUGCCAACAGAGUGUUUGGAGCUGCCAUCUUCCUAACAUCAGUGCUGAAUAUGUUCAUCCCAUCAGCGGCAAGGGUGCACUACGGCUGCGUCAUGUUUGUCCGCAUCCUGCAGGGCUUAGUGGAGGGUGUAACAUACCCAGCCUGUCAUGGCAUGUGGUCCAAAUGGGCGCCACCUCUUGAGCGGAGUCGACUGGCAACCACAUCAUUCUGCGGAUCCUACGCGGGAGCGGUGAUCGCCAUGCCUUUAGCCGGAGUGCUUGUUCAGUACGUUGGCUGGUCUUCAGUCUUCUAUAUCUAUGGAGUUUUUGGGAUCUUAUGGUAUAUCCUGUGGCUCCUGCUGGCUUACGGCAGUCCUGCUGCGCACCCCACAAUCACAGACGAGGAGAGGAUGUACAUUGAGACCACCAUUGGUGAAACGAUGCGCCAGCUAAGUGUGACAGAGAAAUUUAAGACUCCAUGGCGUCGUUUCUUUACCUCCAUGCCGGUCUACGCGAUCAUCGUGGCAAACUUCUGCCGCAGCUGGACCUUCUACCUGCUUCUCAUCAGCCAGCCGGCAUAUUUUGAAGAAGUGUUUGGCUUUCCCAUCAGCAAGGUGGGGAUCCUGUCUGCUGUGCCCCACAUGGUGAUGACAAUUGUUGUUCCAAUUGGAGGACAGCUGGCUGACUUCCUGCGCAGUAACAAAAUCAUGUCUACCACAAAUGUGAGGAAACUCAUGAACUGUGGAGGGUUUGGUAUGGAGGCUACUCUACUAUUAGUUGUUGGAUUUUCUCACACUCGAGGGGUGGCCAUUUCCUUCCUUGUGCUAGCUGUAGGUUUCAGUGGAUUUGCCAUAUCAGGUUUUAAUGUAAAUCAUCUGGAUAUUGCUCCUCGCUAUGCCAGCAUUCUGAUGGGCAUCUCUAACGGAGUGGGGACGCUCUCAGGAAUGGUGUGUCCCUUGAUUGUUGGAGCUUUGACGAAACACAAGACUCGUCUAGAGUGGCAAAAUGUGUUUGUCAUUGCCUCCAUGGUUCAUUACACCGGGGUCAUCUUCUACGCCAUCUUUGCUUCGGGAGAGCAACAGGAAUGGGCCGAUCCCGAGAGCUUGAGCGAGGACAAAUGCGGCAUAAUCGAUGAGGACGAGCUGGCCGAAGAGUCCGAGCUCAGCAGUGAGAUUGCGCUGGCUCCCAAAAAGAGUUACGGAACAACAGACAAUUCGUCCGGUCGAAAACAGGGCUGGAAAAAGAAAAGAGGGGUGACCAUGCAAGAAGAAGAGGGACACUAUGGGAAUGGGGACUAUCAGGACCAGUACCAGUGA